ACUUUCUUAAAUAACGCUGCGGUAUAAAACCACAAUGCUCUCGGCGCAACCAUCAGUAUCGCGUUACAGUGCAGUUCAUAACUGUUUCAACCAACUUGCAAAAUGGCUUUCGUACUUAAGACUUUCGCAGUGUUGGCCCUGACAUCGCCCGCUAUCUCUGUGUACGCUCCGGGCGGCUAUUCGUACAACCGUUUCAGCGGACCAGUCAGCGGGAAGAUCAUAGAAGUCCAGGUCCCCGCGGCAGAGGGUGCUCAACAACAUGCUGACUACGGAUACAACCACCACCAGCGACUGAUUGACCCGCAAGCAGCUAAAUACGACCGUCUGAAGACUGUUGAUUACAAAGCUAAACCAGAUUACCAAUUCGCGUAUGGAGUUCAGGACCCUCACAGCGGCAACCAACAGGACCACAAGGAGUCUCGCGAGGGAGACGUUGUCCGCGGGGAAUAUUCGCUGGUCGAACCUGACGGCUCCAUCCGACUUGUGAAAUAUACUGCCGACCCUAAAAAUGGCUUCCAGGCCACCGUUCACAAGAAGCCAGGUGGUAAACCAAACGCACCGGCACCAGCGCCAGCGCGAUACACCCAAGUUGACCACCAACAAGAGGACUCUGGUGAAUACUAGUCCUAGUCUACCUACUGUGAACAAAAGACUCAAAGUUGUAGAUAAAUAAGUGUUGUUAAAUGUGUUAAAUAUUUAUUACGUUUAAUGUUAAUGUGUGCUAAAUAAAUAAAAACGUGUUCGAAGUAA